UUCCUCCUUGGGAUUUGCCAGCGUCGCGCUGCGCCAAGACUGUCGGAAUAAAGGACGCUGACUAUUGUAUUAUUAUUUUAUUAAUUGGUCAGUGGGAAGAUUACAGAUGGGGAAAGGGGACGCCUGCCACUCUUCCUGCGUUAAGAUUGAAAAAUGAGGCUGACCUGGGGGAAGCCCUAAAAUGAAGCAAAAAGAAUAAGAUUUUUAAGGACAGAAAGCCACAGGAUCCCCCCCCCGCCCCCCACGUAGAACACUUUUAUUUGUAUUUAAUUUUUUUUUCUCGUGCCGGUGGGGGAGGUGACUGGCGGGCUGCGGGAAGCUGCUUCCUUCCCCGUUGGAGAUGAUUGUGCUAUUCUUUUUUGCCUUGCUCUGGAUGGUGGAAGGGGUGUUUUCCCAGCUUCACUACACGGUGCAGGAGGAGCAGGAGCAUGGCACGUUCGUGGGUAAUAUCGCGGAAGAUCUGGGCCUGGACAUUACAAAACUUUCGGCUCGCAGGUUUCAGACGGUGCCCAACUCUCGGACCCCAUACUUGGACCUCAACCUGGAGACCGGGGUGCUGUACGUGAACGAGAAGAUCGACCGGGAGCAAAUCUGCAAGCAGAGCCCCUCCUGCGUCCUGCACCUGGAGGUGUUCCUGGAGAACCCCUUGGAGCUGUUCCGGGUGGAGAUCGAAGUGCUGGACAUCAAUGACAACCCGCCCUCCUUCCCGGAGCCGGACCUGACCGUGGAGAUCUCCGAGAGCGCCACGCCGGGCACCCGCUUCCCCUUGGAGAGCGCCUUCGACCCAGACGUGGGCACCAACUCCCUGCGCGACUACGAGAUCACCCCCAACAGCUACUUCUCCCUGGACGUGCAGACCCAGGGGGAUGGCAACCGGUUCGCCGAGCUGCUCACCAUCCGAGUCCUCGACUCCAACGACAACGUGCCCGCCUUCGACCAGCCCGUCUACACGGUGUCCCUGCCCGAGAACUCGCCGCCGGGCACGCUGGUGAUCCAGCUCAACGCCACCGACCCGGACGAGGGCCAGAACGGCGAGGUGGUGUACUCGUUCAGCAGCCACAUCUCCCCCCGGGCGCGGGAGCUCUUCGGGCUGUCCCCGCGCACCGGCCGGCUGGAGGUGAGCGGGGAGCUGGACUACGAGGAGAGCCCGGUGUACCAGGUGUACGUGCAGGCCAAGGACCUGGGCCCCAACGCCGUGCCCGCGCACUGCAAGGUGCUGGUGCGGGUGCUGGACGCGAACGACAACGCGCCCGAGAUCAGCUUCAGCACGGUGAAGGAGGCGGUGAGCGAGGGCGCGGCGCCCGGCACGGUGGUGGCUCUGUUCAGCGUGACCGACCGCGACUCGGAGGAGAACGGGCAGGUGCAGUGCGAGCUGCUGGGGGACGUGCCGUUCCGCCUCAAGUCUUCCUUCAAGAACUACUACACCAUCGUGACCGAGGCCCCCCUGGACCGCGAGGCGGGGGACUCCUACACCCUGACCGUGGUGGCCCGGGACCGGGGCGAGCCGGCGCUCUCCACCAGCAAGUCGAUCCAGGUGCAGGUGUCCGAUGUGAACGACAACGCGCCGCGGUUCCACCAGCCGGUCUACGACGUGUACGUGACCGAGAACAACGUGCCGGGCGCCUACAUCUACGCCGUGAGCGCCACGGACCGCGACGAGGGCGCCAACGCCCAGCUCGCCUACUCGAUCCUCGAGUGCCAGAUCCAGGGCAUGAGCAUCUUCACCUACGUGUCCAUCAACUCCGAGAACGGCUACCUGUACGCCCUGCGCUCCUUCGACUACGAGCAGCUCAAGGACUUCAGCUUCCAGGUGGAGGCGCGGGACGCCGGCAGCCCCCAGGCGCUGGCGGGCAACGCCACGGUCAACAUCCUCAUCGUGGACCAGAACGACCGCCCCAACCGCUCCGGCGGCGCGGAGACCUCGCUGGACCUCACCCUCAUCCUCAUCAUCGCGCUGGGCUCGGUGUCCUUUAUCUUCCUGCUGGCCAUGAUCGUGCUGGCCGUGCGCUGCCAAAAAGAGAAGAAACUCAACAUCUACACGUGUCUGGCCAGCGACUGCUGCCUCUGCUGCUGCUGUGGCGGCGGGGGCUCCACCUGCUGCGGCCGCCAAGCCCGGGCUCGCAAGAAGAAACUCAGCAAGUCGGACAUCAUGCUGGUGCAGAGCUCCAACGUCACCAGCAACCCGGCCCAGGUGCCCGUGGAGGAGUCCGGGGGCUUUGGCUCCCAUCACCACAACCAGAAUUACUGCUACCAGGUCUGCCUGACCCCCGAGUCGGCCAAGACCGACCUGAUGUUCCUGAAGCCCUGCAGCCCUUCUCGGAGCACGGACACUGAGCACAACCCCUGCGGGGCCAUCGUCACUGGCUACACUGACCAGCAGCCCGACAUCAUCUCCAACGGAAGCAUUUUGUCCAACGAGACUAAACAUCAGAGAGCAGAGCUCAGCUAUCUAGUUGACAGACCUCGCCGAGUUAACAGUUCUGCAUUCCAGGAAGCCGACAUAGUAAGCUCUAAGGACAGUGGUCACGGAGACAGUGAGCAGGGAGAUAGUGAUCAUGAUGCCACCAACCGUGGCCAGUCAGCUGGUAUGGAUCUGUUCUCCAACUGCACCGAGGAAUGUAAAGCCCUGGGCCACUCGGAUCGGUGCUGGAUGCCUUCUUUCGUCCCUUCGGACGGACGCCAGGCUGCCGAUUAUCGCAGCAACCUGCACGUCCCCGGCAUGGACUCUGUGCCGGACGCCGAGGUGUUUGAGGCUCCGGAGGCGCCGGGGGCGGCAGAGCGGUCCUUCUCCACCUUCGGCAAGGAGAAGGCCCUCCACAGCUCGCUGGAGAGGAAGGAGCUGGACGGACUGCUGUCCAGCAUGCGAGCGCCUUACAAACCGCCCUAUUUGAAUCAUUUCCAUCCUCUUUCUUAUUUUGCACAUUGGAAAUAACUUCAUUUAAGCAUUUGUCCAUCAUGUGAGCCUAACAAAGGAAGAUUAGCAAUUAAAAUAUAAAUAGAAUUAUUCACUGAAAAGGAAUAUUUACUUGGGAAUUUUUCCUGCCUCAUCAAACUGAAGAUUUAUGAGUCUAAAUUCAUUAAGUUAUAAAGAUAUUGUAAAUAGUCUGGAGUAUAAAGAUUCAAUUGCUU